CCUUCUCCUCCUCAGGAACAAGGAGCACCCUCGGACCCCACGCCAAGAUGUCCUGCUACGACCUGUGCCCCCCAAAAGCCAGCGCGGACCUGUGCCCGCCCAGGACCAGCGUGGCUGUGCCCCAGCCCAUCGCUGAGAGCUGCAACGAGCUGUGCGCCCGCCAGUGCCCCGACUCCUCUGCCUUCAUCCAGCCGCCACCCGUGGUGGUCACCUUCCCUGGCCCCAUCCUCAGCUCCUUCCCCCAGCAGGCCGUGGUGGGCUCCUCCGGAGCACCGGCCUUUGGCGGCUCCCUGGGGCUGGGCGGCCUCUACGGCGCCGGCGCCACCCAGGCCUCGGGGGGCCUCUGCACCUUUGGCAGAGCCUACGCUGCUCCCGCCUGCAGCCCUUGCGCCUGGCCCCGCUACAGCAAGAAGCUCUGGGACACCUGCGGGCCCUGCUAGAGCCACCAGCAACAGCCCCAAAGGCCCUUGGCCGCCUCAGCCCAGCAUGGAGAGGCUGAGCUCUGCACAAGCUGCCCUGGCCUCCUGC